CAAGAUCCGCCCAGAACCAGACACUCAGAGUCCCCAAGGAUGGAGGCCACUUUGCACCCUGCUCUCCUCCUGCUGCUGGCAGACCCUUUGUUCUGGGCUCAAACCUGCGCCGGCUCACAUUCACUGCUCAAUUUCACCACCGUCGUGUCCCGGCCGGGCCUCGGGGAGCCACGGUUCAUUUUCGUGGGCUACGUGGACAACACACAGUUAGUGCGCUUCGACAGUGUCGCAGAGACUCCCAGAGUGGAGCCGUGUGUGGGGUGGAUGGAACAGGAGAGACCUGAGUAUUGGGAGCUGCAGACCCAGAUGGCCAGGACUCAAGCGCAGCUGUCCGGAGCGAACUUGAUGACCCUGCUUCGCUAUUUCAACCAGAGCGAGGACGACUCUCACACGCUUCAGGGGAUGCGUGGCUGCAAAGUGGGGCAAGAUGGGCUCCUGCUCCACUGGUACAAUCAGCUGGCCUUUGAUGGCGAAGACUGCCUCAACCUGAACGAGGACUGGAGCUCCUGGGCAGCGACCAGAAGCACCUUAGCUCAGAUCUCGCAGCUCAAGUUAGGGGACCACUUGAAGGGCAACUGUGUGGAUUUGCUGCAGAAACACCUGGAAAAAGGGAAGGACAUGCUGCUGCGCUCAGACCCCCCAAAGACACAGAUGACCCAUCACCCCAGAUUUCAAGGUGAUGUCAUCCUAAGGUGUUGGGCCCUGGGGUUCUACCCUGCUGACAUUACCCUGACCUGGCAGUUGGAUGGGGAGGACCUGAUCCAGAAAAUGGAGUUUGUAGAGACCAGACCCACAGGGGAUGGAAACUUCCAGAAGUGGGCAGCCGUGGUGGUACCUUCUGGGAAGGAGCAAAAAUACACAUGCCAUGUGCAACAUGAGGGGCUGCCUGAGCCCCUCAUCCUGAGAUGGGAGCCUGCUAGGUACAAGAAUAUCAUGCCAACUGUUGCCACUGUUGCCACAGUUGCCACAUUUUUCAUCCUCAUUGGAGCUUUGGUGCUUUACAUACGUGUGAGGAAGGAUGCAGGUGGGAGAAGAAGGAGCGACACUCAGGAAUCAAGCAGGGACAGUGGCCAGGACUCUGGCGAGAUAGCCAUGAAUGAUGAGGAGAUGGUCCUUCCCUUUUGGAAUACUGAGUCCUGUAGGAAUCAUCCAGACCACUUCUUCAGACCUCCAGGAUUGCUUAAUCUGUCACCCUGAAAAGACAUCUUCACAGUCAACUUGAAUCACCUAGGAGCCGACCCUCUGGGUGUAUCUGUGGGGUGUUCCUAGCCAGGUUUAACCGAGGAGGAAAAAAUCAUGUUGACUAUAAGGUGGCUUCACUCAUCAGCUGGAGUCUCAAGAAAAGGCCAGCAGAACAUUGGAGCCCCCUUCCUGUUUCCUAACCAGGACAUGAGCAGGCCAUCUCCUGCCACCAUGAACAGAGACAGGUCCCACCUUUCUGUCUUGGAGAUCUGAUACCUAUCUCUUCUCUAAGUGGCUACUCAUCAGGUAUUUUGUCACAGGGAACAGGGUUGAAGACAAAGCUCCAUCCCCUCAUCCACAUCUCUCUGAGUAGCACCCCUUAAUCACUUAGGGGCCUUUUAGGGAUCUUUGGCUUUGGUGCAGAAAAGGAUUGUGGUCUAGUAGAGUUGGGGUUUAAUAAACAUUUUAUUUUAAGGUG